AUGAAUCUCAUAAAUAGCAUGGUGGAUGUUAAGGAGUAAUAUUUAAUUUUUCUGGUACAAUUUUAAUAACUGAUGAUUGGAAAAAAAAAUAUUUGGAAUUUCUAAAAUGGAAAAAUGGAAUUAUCAAAAUGUUUAGAAGGAGAUGAUACAAAAAUGAAUUGUUAUAUUUUUAGUAAAAAAUAAAAUGCAUUCAUUUGUUCUGAUGAUUCUUCCAUUAGAAUUUGGAAGUAGUAAAAUGAUAAGGAAUGGAUUAAAUCUGAUCGUUAAACAUAGCAUUAAAAUGCCAUUUUGUGUUUGACGUUAAACGAGGAAGAAGAUAUCUUAUUUGCAGGGGGUGCAGAAUUUAUUAUUACAAUAUGGAAAGUAGAUUUUAAUAUGAAUUAACUGACUUAUAUUUAAUCCUUAAAAAGACAUACAUUUUCAGUUUUUGCUUAAAUAAUUCUGAAAAUUAAUUAGUUUCUUGUGGGUAAGAAAUAAUUUUAUGGUAAAAAAAUGAAGAAUAAUUAUGGGAAUUUUGUUAUAUUGUUAACUAAUCAAUCAAUUAAGAUGGCUCUAGGAUCAAAUUUUUAGAUGAUAAUUAAUUUAUUUGGGCAGCUAAUACAUAGGAUAGUGAUAAAAUCCAUGUGUUUGAACUUGAUGAUGGAUAAUUUUAUGAAAAUUAAGAAAAGACUCUUUAAUUNUUAUUCAAAAAUCACAUCUGAUUCAACUAAUAAAGAAUUUAUGUAUUUUUAGAAGAAAAAUAAAUUAAAGAACAUUUCAAAACUCUUACAACCAAGAGUCCAAAGACUUAACUCAAGUGGAUAAUUACAAAUAUAUAGUUUAUCAUAAUAUUACUAUUAAAUGAUAAUAUAACUGUAAAUAUUUCAUUUAUAAUAACAAAUAUAUAUAUCGAUAUUAAUAUUAUCAUAACUAAUAUUUGAAUUUAAAGUUAUAAUUUUAUUGUAAAUCCUAUUAUUUCUAUUAUAAUUUAAUAAUGAGUUAAAAAUAUUAAUUUUUGUUAUAAAUUUAGGUUGA